CUGCUCGAUCUCCCCGCGGAGCUUCGCAUGCGAGUCUACGAAUGCGCCUUGACAGCGCCAGACAACGCAAUCCGGAUCUACUACUCGUUCCACUCGAACCGGCACCCGCAUAACCUGGGGCUGAGCCUCCUGCGAACAUGCCGCCAGAUCCACCAAGAAGCACAUGAUGUCCUAUACCAAGCGAACACGGUCCUGGUGCACGCCGAUUGCUAUAGGUCGGCGUCUCCGGCCAUAGGCUCCUUGCAGCUGCCUCCGUAUGCUCUGGCGCGCCUGCGCAGCGUGUUCGUCGUGCUGGACACGAGCAUCUCCGUGGACUUCGACUACACUCAGACGGAUUUUCGGCCGUUCCAAGGGAUGGUGCGGCUGCAGAGGCUACGUAUGGCUGUCGUUGAGCGG